AUGCAAACAGCGGUUUGUAAAACUCAAAAUCUGCGUUUCUCCCACGCUCGCAGGCACUCUGCGUUUCUGCCACGCACGCAAGCACUCUCUUUCAUCUUGUUGCUUUUCUUUCCCCCUUUCAAAAAAAAAAAAAAAACAGCAAAAUAUAAAAAGGGGUUGCAAGUUGAAACUACCUUGCUUUGUUUCCCUUCCAUCUUGUUCGCGAUUCUGUCUUUCGUACGAAGACGAUGAUGAAUUAAUGGGUUUGCCAUAACCCAUUCCAAAACCACUAGUUUCAACGAAACAAUAAAAAUGGGAGCACUAAAAUUGGAACUUCAUCAUACUUCACAAAGAGUAGGUGACAAUGACAUUGAUGCUGACCUUGAUCCUGAACCUGAUUGGAGUUUCGAUGCUCUUGUCUCCGAGCUCAAUGCUUUGGAGAACAAACUCGGCGUUAAUUCUUCCACUCAACCAUUGCAUUUUCAUAAAACAACAUCAAGGCUUAACUUAUCUGGUGGGAAAGAAAUUGAGAAAGGUAGAAGUUUUGUAUUUUGUGCCCCUGAGUAUGAGACGGAGAGCGAGGAUGACGAUGACGAUGACAAAGCGUUAGUGUCAGCCAGCACCGGCAAACGCUUCAAUUAUGAUGAACUUUAUCUGAGCGACAGUGAUGAUGAUUCCGAUGUUGACCCUGCUUUUGAAGUGCAACCUUACCUAAUGAAUAAAGUUGGGGAGGUAGAAGGUGCCUUAAUUGAAUUGACACAGGAACACCAGCUGAGGGUUAAGGAUGAAAUUAGGAGUAAGAUCUCAGUAUUAGAGACAUCUCUACUGAAUGAAAGUCAGAACUCCAUUUCUUCCCUUCUUCGAGUUGAGAAAUUCAAAGAAACAAGGCAGGAGUUGGAUAAAAAGUUUGACACUCAAUAUCAGCGCCAAAUUGCAGAAGCACUUGAUAGUCACUUGACAGCUGUUCAACGGGACCGUGAACUCAGAUCACAAAUAGAAGAAAGGAAAAUAAGAAAUGAUGCAGCGCAUGAAGAAGCCAAGAAAAAGGUUGCUAUGCAAGAGGAAAAGCAACAGAAAGAAAAGGCUAAAGCUGAAGCAGAGGCCAAACUUAAAGCUGAGGAAGUAAAACAAGCUGCAUUGGAAGCUGAAAGAAAAGCAACAACGGAAGCCAAAUCAAAGGCAGCAAUGGAAGCUGAAAAAAGAGCAGCAGCAGAAGCUGAAAGAAGAGCAGAAAAGGACGCCAAAGAAAGUACCAAAUCAAGCCCAUUAAAUACUGAAACCAAGGAAUCUGGUUAUGUAUAUCGAGCUGCGGCAAAUGCUUUAAAUAUAGAGCAGGGUAGGCUACAGAAACUGAAAGAGCUGUGUGAGGGAAACCAAGUUAUGAGAUCAAGUUCAAAACAGGAUUAUACCCGCUAUGAGAGUCAUAUUUCCCGGAAUAUAAAGACAAUAAGGGGAAUAAGUCACAAUGUAAGAUCAAAAGCAAGUGAACUUAUUAAUCUUUUGAAUGAUCGUCAAUGCCCUCAAUCAAUCAGUGCUGAGAUAUUUGUUAAAAAGGUUGUUUCAUCCUGUUCAAGCCCUGGUAGUGCUCCCUUUGCAAUUGCCUAUGUCAUUGUUCUCAUUACAUCUAAGGUCCCAUAUGUAAUGGAUCUUUUGCUGGCUGAGCUUCAUAGGGCCUGCCUUUAUACCGUCCCAAAGCACAUGGUCUACAAAACGUCUAUCUUUCAAUCAAAAGAGGCAUACUUCAGAAGUAUCGGUUAUCGAGAAGACGGUGAAAAGUUGGAGGGUACAGAAGAUUAUUUAAAGCGGCUAGAAUCGUAUAUGAAGUUGUACGGUGCACUGGUUCAGACUGAAAUUCCCAACAUUCAAAAUUUGCACGGUUUGCAAGAAGGUUGGGCGUGGCUUGCAAGGUUCUUGAAUUAUAUGCCAGCCAAUCUUUAUACAGCUGUUUCACUCGAUACAUUCUUGCAAAUGGCUGGAUUUGCUCUAUUUCAAAGAUAUAAAUCUCAGUUCUUAAAGAUGCUGAACGCUAUCUCAGACAACUUUUUAGUUGGUCUGAAAUCACAAAAUGUACCAGAAUCGACAAGGAUUGUUGCGAAUAUAAAGGCUUAUAUAGAAGAUAAAAAGUUCUGUCAAGUGCCAGAAGGAAGGAAGCUGCAGUCAGAUACGAUGUCAAGAGUACUAAUGUAAUGGAAAGAAUGAGAGUACCAUUAAUUAUUUUCCCAUUUAUGUAUGAGUAGUAUAAACUAAUGUAAUGGAAAGAAUGAGGGUACCAUUAAUUAGGAAAUUUCUAUUCUCAUCUUUGUUAAUCGAUGAAGGUUCAUGCAUAUUAGUUAGGGUUUGUUUGUUUCUAAGGUAACAUAAACAUUCCUGGGAAGCGUGGUUAGGAAUAUAAUAACAUCAUUCUUGUGUUGUUACACGUUUGUAAAAA